GGGCUGUAUCAGUCCGCGGGAGGAGGGGCGCCGUCACUCUGACGACCGGAGAUUGAAGACGGGCGAAAACACUCCGAAACAGCCGAGCGCAGCGAACUCUCCUUCCGUUACUUUCCUCUCGUUAAAAAAAUAAAUACCUAACGUCCCCCGCCCCAAGGACGAGGAAGGUGAAAGCCCGCGGGGAGCUCCUGCGAGACAAGGCCCGAGGCGGAGCAGCGAGCGUCGAGUGAAGGCGAGAGAGGCCGAGAGGCGGUGGCGGCAGGGGCCGGGAUGAAGUUCCAAUACAAGGAGGAGCAUCUGUUCGAGAAGCGGCGCUCUGAGGGCGAGAAGAUCCGCAAGAAAUACCCGGACCGGGUCCCGGUGAUCGUGGAGAAGGCACCAAAGGCCAGGAUAGGGGACCUUGACAAGAAGAAGUACCUUGUGCCAUCUGACCUGACAGUUGGACAGUUCUACUUUCUGAUUCGAAAACGCAUUCAUCUGAGAGCUGAGGAUGCCCUCUUCUUCUUUGUAAACAACGUCAUUCCACCUACCAGUGCAACCAUGGGGCAGCUGUACCAGGAACAUCACGAAGAGGAUUUCUUUUUGUACAUCGCCUACAGUGACGAGAGUGUUUACGGAAUCUAACAUCUGCUUCGCUGCUGGUGGCUUCAGAGGCUUCGCUGUUCUCUGGCUCUGCAGUUCCUGGUGUGUUCUAUAAAUGCUGAUCAUUUUUGUGUUUUCUGUCAUAACCUGCGAUAAAUGGAGAUGGGAUAAGGGGGUGGGGGUAGGAGGGGAAGGGGGAAGCAGGAGAUGAAGUUGUCCUUUUAAAGGAGCUGUUCUGAUGUGUCUGCUGAUUUCUGAGCUCUUCCUGUUAUGGUUCCUGCUCUCCUGCUUCUGGUUCUUUUGAUUCCCUUUAAUUUUGCCGGGGUGGGGGGGGGGGGGGGGUUAAUUUUUGCCCUGUAUUUUUUUUGUUCACCCUUAAUGUCAACUCAGAAGCUGAUUGGAUGAGUCUUUCGCCAACUGUGCUGUCUUGCUGCCGAAGGGGACACCUCAUGUACCGUGGAAGCUAAUAAUAAAACGCCAGUACACUA